AUUGUGAACGAGUCACAAAGGUUGUGAAUGUUGUCAUCAGAUUUUAUAUACUUGAAAGUAAUUUAUAUUUGUAGGGUACUGUGUCUAUGUAAUAUCUGAAAUUUUGAGAAUAUUUUUUAUCCUAGUAUUAAUAAUAAGGCCAUGUAAAGUAUUAAAACUUUAAAGUUGAAUUAUCAUUGCCUAUGGUUGAAGUAUAAUUGACUAUGGGCCUAUUACUAUGAGUUACAAAUCAUCACUUACAAGUAUUUAGGCUUUCGAGACUUGCUUCUACUUCUAGCACUAAAUUAUAAACGAGAAACCUGUUGACUUAAAAUGUCGUUGCCUUAACAAGUACAGACUGCAAGCUACGUCUUUAAUAACUAAAUACGUGACAUACACCGUUCUUCAUUUCUUGUGUGAAAGUUUAACUAGUGCCAAAAUUGUCACCGCCAUAACCCCAGCUUGUAAAACCUUUAGGUCUUAAAAAUUUCAGCUGAUUGGUAGCAUAGUGCGAGUGAAUCUGCAAAAAAAAUAUUGUCAUGGCUAUUACAACAACUAGUACUAGAAUAGCAGAGAGACUUGGCCUGGAUAAUGAAGUUCGAGAGUUACGACUUGGAGAAAGUUUUACCAAUAAUGGAAAUAUCGCUUUUCAUUCUGUGAGAUAUGAUUUUAAGCCAGCUUCUGUAGAUUCUACCAAAGGUGCUACAGUUGAUGUUGGUGAAGGCCACCAGGUGAUGGUUUCUGUUCCACAUGUAGAAGGUUCAGGUACCUCUCAAACAGUGUUUAAAGGGUGUAAGAAACCAUAUAAAAAGGAAUGUGUUUUGAUAAUUAAUCAUGACACUGGUGAAGUUACCCUUGAAAAACUUAGCUGUAAUAUACAGCUGAAGAAAACAAGGGCUGAAGGAGCCAGUCGGACACAGUCUCACCCAGUCAACCCCUUUGAUAAUAAGAAAUCCUCCCACUCACCCCAUCAGAAGCAUCAUUCUCCAAUUAGGAAAGAUUCAUAUUCCCCACCUACCAAAAUGUCUUGGUCAACAACUAAUCAUUACUCUCCAAACCAGAGGACUUCACCAUAUCAAAGAAGUCCUACGAGUCAACCCAGUCCUUCCAUGCCUUCUCUGCUUGUUCCAUUUAAUGAAACAUCCAAGAACAGCAUAGCCUCUAAUAAUGUCAGUAUGCCUCUCUAUACUCGAGAUGUCCCUGUCCCAUGUGAUGAUGAAGCCCCUGAAGUAGGAGUUUUAUCAGAUUCUGGAGAUUCAAGCAGCAGUGGAUCUAGCUCAGGUGAUAGUGAAAGUGAAGAAGAAAUGGACAGCCAUUUGAUAUCACAACCAACAAGAAAAGGUGGAAUUAGAAGUGACACUAAUGUCGGGCAAAAGCAUUCCAGUCCCAGCCUUCCCAGCAUGCCCCAGUUUAGUCAACUUAGUGAAGAUCUACAGCUCAGUGAUUCUGGAAGUGACAGCGACAGCUGAACAAGAGUGAUGCUUUACAAACCGAUACGAUGGAAGACAAAGUACUGAUGUUGAACUUCAAUAUUUACUAUUUUCAUGUGUUGUUUUACUUGAGUUAUCUG